UCGAGUGCGUGCCGGGAGUCUGGGUCUCGCGAACGCGCCAGGAGCGUCUCGAAGGCGGGAGCGCGCCCAGUAGGUGACAACAAAUUAGUCGCGCAGCGUCGGAGUUUUGUCUCGCCUCAGCCGCCAGCCCUCUCUGUCUGUCCCUCUGUCUCCGGACCGACGGAGCGCGUUGGAAGCUGCCGGCUUGGGGCGCCCGGUUCUGCUCAGCGCCCAGUCCCCGCCGGGCCUAGUGCGAGCGUCGCGACGCGGGCCAUGGGGUUGCCCUGAGGGACGGCGGCGCCGAACCGACAUGCAGCGGCCACCGCGAAUCUAGACCCCCACCGCGGCUUGGGGACGCCGCCGGGCCGACCCCGAGGCGCUGCCGCUGCCUGGAGCCCAGGUCGGAUCCCCGAGUCGCCGCCGCCGCCGCGUGCAGCCCCGGGCUCCCCCGAGCCGCCAGCCCUCACCAUGCCUUGGCCAUUUUCAGAAUCCAUCAAGAAGAGGGCCUGUCGCUACCUCCUGCAGAGGUACCUGGGCCACUUCCUGCAGGAGAAGUUGAGCCUGGAGCAGCUGAGCCUGGACUUGUACCAGGGCACCGGGUCCCUUGCUCAGGUCCCCUUGGACAAAUGGUGUCUCAAUGAAAUCCUCGAGUCAGCAGACGCACCGUUAGAAGUCACCGAAGGAUUUAUUCAGUCCAUUUCCCUGUCUGUCCCAUGGGGCUCCUUGCUGCAGGACAACUGUGCCCUGGAAGUGAGAGGACUGGAGAUGGUCUUCCGGCCUCGACCGAGAGUAGCGACUGGGUCCGAGCCUAUGUGCUGGUCAAGCUUCAUGACCAGUAGCAUGCAGCUGGCAAAGGAGUGUCUUAGCCAGAGACUGACAGACGAGCAAGGAGAGGCAUCCCAGCCUUUCGAAGGACUGGAAAAGUUUGCAGAGACCAUCGAGACAGUCCUAAGAAGAGUGAAAGUCACUUUUAUAGAUACUGUUUUAAGAAUUGAACAUGUGCCAGAAAAUUCUAAAACUGGAGCUGCACUUGAAAUCCGAGUAGACAGGGAAACUGAGCCAAAGCUGUCACCUAGCUGGAACCCCAAAAUUGUUUAUGAGCCACACCCACAACUAACUAGAACGUUACCGGAGAUAGCACCCUCGGAUCCAGUGCAGAUUGGAAGGCUGCUGGGCAGGCUGGAGCUGAGUCUCACUUUAAAGCAGAAUGAAGUGCUUCCAGGAGCCAAGUUGGAUGUCGAUGGACAGAUAGACUCCUUUCAUCUAUUCCUGUCACCAAGGCAGGUACACCUCCUUCUGGAUAUGUUAGCAGCUAUUGCUGGACCAGAAAAUUCUAGCAAAAUAGGGCUGGCUAAUAAAGACAGGAAAAAUCGACCCAUGCAGCAGGAAGAUGAGUACCGAAUUCAGAUGGAAUUAAACCGGUAUUAUCUGAGGAAAGAUUCCCUCUCUAUGGGUGUGUCUUCAGAGAAGAGCUUCUAUGAGACAGAAACGGCUCGUACACCUUCUAGCCGUGAGGAAGAAGUUUUCUUCUCCAUGGCCGACAUGGACAUGUCUCACAGCCUGUCCUCUCUUCCACCCCUUGGGGACCCACCACACAUGGACCUGGAGCUGUCGUUGACGAGUACAUACACCAACACACCUGCAGGAUCUCCGCUCAGUGCUACUGUGCUUCAGCCAACUUGGGGAGAGUUUGCCGACCACAAAGAACAGCCAGUCAGAGGGCCAGCAUUCCAGUCUGACGUGGUCCACCCAGCAUCUUUACAAAAAGCUGCUCUCUCCUCUAGGUCUGUUUCAGUGGAUGAAUCCAGACCUGAGUUUAUCUGCAGGUUGGCUCUCGGCAUAUUCUCCGUCUCUGUGCUUCACAUCGAUCCUUUGUCUCCAGCGGAAACAUCUCUGAACGUCAACCCAUUGACACGCAUGGCCAUCGACUUCUUCUCCUGUAUAGAAAAGAUGGACCUAGCAAUAUUUUCGACAGGAGACUUUAAGUCUUUCCGAGCAGUCUUUGCCGAAGCUUGUUCACACGAUCACCUUAGAUUUAUAGGUACUGGCAUCAAAGUGUCCUAUGAGCAGAGACAAAGGUCAGCUUCCCGGCACUUUAGCACGGACAUGUCCGUUGGACAAAUGGAGUUUUUGGAGUGUCUGUUUCCAACAGAUUAUCAUUCUGUUCCUCCUCACUACACAGAGCUUCUAACGUUCCAUUCCAAAGAAGGGACUGAUGCCCACCUUCCCGUGUGUCUUCAGCUUCACUACAAACAUUCUGAGACUAGAGGACCCCAGGGUAAUCAAGCAAGACUUAGUUCAGUUCCUCAAAAGGCAGAAUUACAAAUUAAAUUAAACCCUGUGUGUUGCGAGCUGGAUAUCAGUAUUGUGGAUAGGUUAAAUUCCUUGCUUCAACCUCAGAAACUCACUACAGUGGAGAUGAUGGCCUCACACAUGUAUGCGUCCUAUAACAAGCAUAUUAGUUUGCACAAGGCUUUCACGGAAGUGUUCCUAGAUGACUCGCACAGCCCUGCAAACCGUCGGGUGUCCGUACAAGUGGCCGCCCCAGCACUACACCUGUCUGUUCGCUUCCCUAUUCCUGAUCUCCGAUCAGACCAGGAAAGAGGGCCCUGGUUUAAGAAGUCACUUCAGAAAGAGACUCUUCAUUUAGAAUUUACAGAUCUGGAGUCCAAGACAGAGUUCGUGGGAGGAUCCACCCCAGAACAAACUAAACUGGAACUGACUUUUCGAGAGCUAUCUGGGUCAUUCCAGGAGGAGAAGGGAGGGCCGUCUGUCAAGUUCUUCCAUGUGUCUGGUGGAGUAGAUGGAGACACCACAUCGUCAGAUGACUUUGACUGGCCGCGAAUGGUACUGAAAAUAAACCCACCAGCCAUGCAUUCCAUUUUGGAGAGAAUAGCAGCUGAAGAAGAGGAAGAGAAUGAUGGUCACUACCAGGAGGAGGAGGACGGAGGCGCUCAUUCCCUGAAAGAUGUCUGCGACCUGAGACGGCCAGCCCCAUCUCCCUUUUCCUCUCGUCGAGUGAUGUUUGAGAAUGAGCAGAUGGUGAUGCCGGGAGACCCUGUGGAGAUGACAGAAUUUCAGGAUAAAGCCAUCAGCAACUCGCACUAUGUGCUGGAGCUCCUGCUACCCAACAUCCACCUGACACUGCCCAACAAAAGCUUCUACGAGAAGCUCUAUAACAGGAUCUUUAAUGACUUGCUUCUCUGGGAGCCAACAGCUCCUUCACCAGUGGAGACACUUGAAAACGUUUCCUAUGGCAUUGGACUCUCCGUGGCCAGCCAGCUGAUAAACACCUUCAGCAAAGAUAGCUUCAGUCCCUUUAAAUCUGCAGUUCACUAUGAUGAAGACAGUGGAUCUGAAGAAGAGACUUUGCAGUAUUUUUCUGCUGUUGAUCCCAACUAUCGUUCCCGUAGGAAAAAAAAGUUGGACUCUCAGAACAAGAACUCUCAGAGCUUCCUCUCAGUGCUUCUGAGUAUCAAUCAUGGAUUAAUGGCAGUGUUCACUGAUGUAAAGCAAGAGAAUGGCGAUCCGAUGGAAAGUAAGCAUGGAGAAUUCUGGUUAGAAUUCAAUAGCGGCUCGUUCUUCUGUGUGACGAAGUAUGAGGGCUUUGAUGACAAGCACUAUAUCUGCUUACAUUCCAGCAGCCUCAGGCUGUACCACAAAGGCAUAGUAGAUGGAGCCAUUCUCCCUACAGAGACGCGCUUGCCCUGUUCCACCCGCCCACACUGGCUGGAACCUACAAUUUAUUCCUCUGAAGAGGAUGGCCUCAGCAGACCUGCCUCAGAUGGGGUUGGAGGAGACAAUUUGAAUAUGCUCUCAGUCGCAGUGAAGAUACUGUCUGAUAAGUCCGAGUCCAACACGAAGGAGUUCCUCGUGGCUGUGGGGCUGAAAGGAGCCACUCUACAGCACAGGGUGCUGCCCGCCGGACUCAGUUGGCACGAGCAGAUUUUAAACUUCUUGAAUAUUGCUGAUGAACCUGUUUUGGGAUAUAACCCUCCAACUUCAUUUACAACUUUCCAUGUCCAUCUUUGGAGCUGUGCACUUGAUUAUAGGCCCCUUCACCUGCCAAUCCGAUCCCUUCUUACUGUUGAGACGUUCAGCAUUUCUAGCAGUGUUGCCUUGGAUAAAUCUUCCUCUACUCUCAGAAUCAUCAUGGAUGAGGCUGCCUUACAUCUGUCGGACAAGUGCAACACUGUCACUGUAAACCUGAGUAGAGAUUAUGUUCGUGUGAUGGACAUGGGACUUUUAGAGCUGACCAUAACUGCAGUAAAAUCUGAUUCUGAUGGAGAACAGACUGAGCCCCGCUUUGAGUUGCACUGUUCCAGUGACGUCAUGCACAUCAGAACAUGCUCAGACUCGUGUGCCGCACUGAUGAAUCUCAUUCAGUAUGUCGCAAGUUACGGGGACCUACAUGUGCCUCACAAAGCAGAGAUGAAGCCUGGAGUCCCACAGAGAAAGCCCAAGGUAGAUUCCAGUGCUCGGUCAUCUUCACAUGGUCCAGUGCUUCCUGAAGAGGAUCAGCAGAUUUUACGGGACCUGAUGAGUGAUGCCAUGGAGGAGGUUGAUCUGCAGCAGGCCUCUGCCCCUGUCGGACCACAGGCUAAUGGUGUCCUGGAUGAAAAGUCUCACACUCAGGAGCCGUGCUGCUCAGACCUCUUCCUGUUCCCAGACGAGAGUGGAAAUGUGUCCCAGGAGUCCAGCCCUGCCUAUCCAUCGCUCACUCACCACUUGAUCAGUGACGCGGUGACUGGUGUGACCGCUGAAAACGAUGACUUCUGUAUUCUUUUUGCACCAAAAGCAGCUGUCCAGGAGAAGGAAGAAGAGCCAGUGAUAAAGAUCAUGGUUGAUGAUGCCAUUGUGAUAAAAGAUGACUAUUUCAGUCUGCCCAUCACGAGGACGGACAGCAGCAAAGCGCCACUCCACUUUCCCAUCCCUGCCAUCCGAUAUGUUGUUAAAGAGGUCUCUCUGGUGUGGCAUCUUUAUGGAGGCAAGGACUUUGCAACAGCCCCUCCAACUUCUCCAGCUAAGAGUUACAUUAGUCCCCACAGCUCACCUUCUCAAACACCUACAAGGCAUGGACGCCACACAGUCUGUGGGGGCAAAGGAAGGAACCAGGACUUCUUAAUGGAAAUACAGUUAAGCAAGGUGAAGUUUCAGCAUGAGGUCUACCCUCCUUGUAAGCCCGAGUGUGAGUCCAGCCUCUUAGAACACCCAGUCUCCAGGCAGGUCUUCAUCGUGCAGGACCUUGAAAUUCGAGACCGGCUGGCAACAUCACAGAUGAACAAGUUUUUAUACCUGUAUUGCAGCAAAGACAUGCCUCGUAAAGCCCACUCCAACAUGCUGACAAUUAAAGCAUUGCACGUACGUCCGGAGUCUGGCAGGUCACCACAGGAGUGCUGCUUGAGAGUGUCCCUGAUGCCUCUUCGCCUCAAUAUUGACCAGGACGCCUUGUUCUUCCUCAAGGAUUUCUUCACAAGUCUUUCUACAGAAGUGGAGCUUCUGCUGACGGCAGAUCCAGAAGUUACAAAGUCUCCUGGAGCUGAUGUCACCUGCAGUUUGCCAAGGCACUUGAGUACCUCAAAGGAGCCAAAUCUAGUUGUUUCUUUUCCUGGGCCAAAACAAGCUUCCCCAAACCAUCGUGCCAAUUCAGUGGAGGGCGGUAAUGGACUGGAGGAGGACGUCUCGGCCGAGGAAACUUCAUUUAGUGACCAGCCUGUGUUUUUUAGAGAAUUCAGGUUCACGGCAGAAGUUCCCAUCCGGCUGGACUACCACGGCAAGCACGUGUCGAUGGAUCAGGGUACAUUGGCUGGGAUUUUGAUUGGCCUGGCCCAGUUGAACUGUUCGGAGCUAAAGCUGAAAAGGCUUUUCUAUCGGCAUGGUUUGCUAGGUAUUGACAAAUUGUUCUCAUAUGCAAUCUCGGAAUGGCUCAGUGACAUUAAGAAGAACCAGCUACCAGGAAUCCUGGGAGGUGUUGGCCCUAUGCAUUCACUAGUUCAAUUAGUGCAAGGCCUGAAGGACUUAGUGUGGCUGCCCAUUGAGCAGUACCGGAAGGACGGCCGCAUCGUCAGGGGCUUCCAGAGAGGCGCUGCUUCCUUUGGUACCUCAACUGCAAUGGCUGCCCUAGAACUCACAAACAGAAUGGUCCAGACCAUACAGGCAGCCGCAGAGACUGCGUAUGACAUGGUAUCUCCGAGUACACUUUCCAUUGAGCCCAAGAAGGCAAAGAGAUUUCCUCAUCACCGGUUAGCCCACCAGCCAGUAGACCUGAGGGAAGGUGUGGCCAAGGCCUACAGCGUUGUAAAAGAGGGAAUCACAGACACAGCUCAGACCAUCUAUGAAACGGCGGCUCGAGAACACGAGAGCAGAGGGGUCACUGGUGCUGUGGGUGAAGUCCUGCGGCAGAUCCCACCGGCAGUGGUCAGACCCCUGAUUGUAGCCACCGAGGCAACAUCAAAUGUGUUAGGUGGCAUGAGAAACCAAAUUAGACCAGACGUUCGGCAGGACGAGUCACAGAAAUGGCGCCACGGGGAGGACUGAUCCCACAGUGUGACUGAUUGCACCCCACACUGUGUGGAGCUGAGGGCAGGGGCCUAGUGGCAGCUUCAUAGGAAACUAGUUCAAUUUAUGUGCUCAUCUCAGGAACAAAAGCAGUUCUUAGUAAAAUAAUAUCAAAACAACACACAGCCAAAAACUUGUGACAUUUUAGGGCCUGGCACUUGCCUGCAGGAGUGGCUGGUGACUGGUGUCACAGUCACCAGAGAUUUGCUGCCAUGUGGAAUGCUUGCUUUCAUUAAAGUGACUGUAAUUGUACUUGUUACUGACAAGAGCUCACUGGGAAUGUGUUUGUAAACAGUGUUGAGUGCUUAAAGAAAGGGGGGCACUCCUGAGGCACUGGGGAGCACUCUUCAUAGUUCUGAGGAGUUGAUUUUUCAGCUCACAGUGACAGAAGCCACAGGGAAAGUGAAGCAGCUAGGGCUCCGGUGUCUGCCAGGUAGCGAGAGUCCUUGACUCCCUCACAGGCGACAUGUGCUGUGCCGCACUUUAUCUUCUGUGUGUGUGUGUGUGUGUGUGUGUGUGUGUGUAUGUGUGUGUGUGUGGUAUGCACACAUCUGUAAUAUGAUGCAAGGUGUGCUGUGUUCUCUGUGUCAUUUACAAGGUUAUGUAAAUACGAUGUGAAGUGGAGAUGUCUCUGAGGUUUUGAUAAAGGAAUGUAACCUAGUGUAAGUUUCUGUAUCCUGAAUGCAAGUGAGAAUGUGAGCUCUGUGGUGGGCUGGGGCCCACGAAUUGCUGUUAAGUACUUAGUGCAGACCAUUAGUGUCAAGGACGUUGGAAGUGGGCUUUAUUCUUAGAAAGAUAAAUAAAAAUACUCUUAAGUAUGUUCUAGAUGACUAAUUCAAAGUACCAUUUUUACUUGGUUAAUAAUGUACAUUUUGAUAACCUGUUGGGGAUGAAUAAAGUAUUUUUAUUUAAAGGUAA